UAAUAAAUUUAGGUUUGCUAGUUAUUUUAUUUAGAAACUCACUAUUCCUUUUCCUAAUAAAUUAGGAUUUGCUAGUAAUAGUAUAAAUAAACUUGAAGGGGCUACGUUUCCAUUACUAAAUAUUGAUUUCUCCUCUCAAGUUUUGCAAUAUGUCGCCAACAGGCUUUGUAUGCCACAGCUGCUUCAAGCGCUCUAUCAUUAGUGUUAAACCAAUUGCUUCUUCAUAUUCUUCUUCUUUACCCUAUUUAACAACCAUUCACUUUAAUUUCAGUAUAAUAGAACAAUUUUGGUAUAUACAACCAAAUGAUCUAGAAUCCGUACUCGUGGAUAGAACAUGUGACGGUUCAAUCGAGUCGACCCAAAUCAUUAUUCAUCAUUCCGAUACUAGGCUCUAUCAAAGACUCGCUCGCGCUAUAUCAGAAGUGUGUAUGCAUUUUAAGGACGAGUUUGAAGAUCAACAUCAUGCUUUAAUUGAACGUACAAUUCACAAGUUGCAAAGCAUCAUGACUGCAGAGAUGUUGGAGGUAUGUAUGGAUGUGACAUUAUUGAUUGAUCACGAAAGUGAUGGUAGAAUUUGGUUAGCAUUGGAAGAAUCAUCGACCGAUGGAAUGGUGGCUGCUAGUAAAUCAUCAAUAGAGUUGCUAGAGCCGAUGGAAGCUGAUGAAAUAAAUAGCAACGAUGAGUGUUUGGUAUGUCUAGAUGAGAUAGGGGAGGAAACUCAAGUACUGCGCUUGCCUUGUUCUCAUAUGUUUCAUGGUGAGUGUAUUACCAAGUGGUUAGAGAAGAGUCAUUACUGCCCGCAAUGAGAUGCCCACAGAUUAGACAAGACUACAUGAAGGAUCAACAAUCUAAUGCCAAAACAAUUUUGUAGAUGUCUUCUGCGGUUGAUUAUUGUGCUUCUAUAACUAGGAGACCUAUAAUUAAUUGAUUAUAUAAGUUUGUGUUUUUCAAGUUUGUGUUACAUACCUUUUAUCAAGAUCCAAGCCUCUUUUUAAUUUUAGCUUUAAUGUAUGCAGUACUUCAUUGGACCAAAAAAA